AUGGCUUUAGUGAGAGGUCUGUUGGGUGCAAAGAAGAUUCUGAGCCGUUCUAUAACGGCUACAACACCAAAAGGGUUUGUUGCAGUGUAUGUUGGGGAAAAUCAAAUCCAAAAGAAGAGAUAUUUGGUGCCACUCUCAUACUUGAACCAGCCUUCUUUUCUAGCGCUUCUUAGUAAAUCCGAAGAAGAGUUCGGAUUCGAUCAUCCGAUGGGUGGCUUAACGAUCCCUUGUCCUGAGGAUACCUUCAUCACUAUAACUACUGGGCUAAAGGGAAGAUCAUCCGAGAAGAAGAAAGAUCUAACAUUAUUUAGCUCGAACUUGAGAUAG